GGCAUUGGGCACAGAGCGCACAGAUGGUUGGGGCGGAGGUUGCUCAACUAAAUUGUAAAGCAGAUCGUCUUCUUCAAAUUUAGGCAAACAAUAAAAAAAUUAAAAGGAAAUUAUUGUUUUUGUUAGCUUCGCCUUAUUUUUGCCAGUACCGGAGAAAGCAGUGACAUGGAAAUUCCAGCGUUUCCAAGCUGACACAUUGUCUGGUCGCUGGAGUAUGGAUACUUUUGUUUUUAACUCAUAAAGGGAAAACAAAAGUCAACGUGGGGAGAAACUGUGCAAUUCUAUUCUUUCGUGCGACUCAACAUACUUGGAUUAAAAGCCGACAGCCAAGAUGGCGCACGAUUCUGUGCAGACACCUGCUGACCUUUCAGCUUUGGUUCCUCUCCAUGGAGACACCAGGAGUCACAUGGUGUCUGAGUGCCUGGGCCUCUGGCGCAACCUUGACCUGUCGGACACCAUGGUGCAACAGAAGCUGGACGAGAUCAAGGACCAGAUCAAGAGGGAGAUCCGCAAGGAGCUGAAGAUCAAGGAGGGUGCUGAGAACCUGCGUAAGGUCACCACUGACAAAAAGAGCUUGGCCUACGUGGACAACGUGCUCAAAAAGUCCAAUAAGAAGGUAGAAGAACUGCACCAGGAGCUGCAGGAACUGAACGCUCACAUCGUAGUGAAGGAUCCUGAGGAUCUCCUGGAGUGCCCACAAAUGCCUGACACCCCCAACAGUGAAGCCCGGACAUGCACCAUUAGCAGCAGACUAGCAGCCCUAAAGAAACAGAAUGACAUUGAGCUGAAGGUAAAACAGGGGGCCGAGAAUAUGAUCCAGAUGUACUCCAACGGCUCCCCAAAGGACCGUAAAUUGCUCGCAGCAGCUCAACAGAUGCUCCAGGACAGCAAGACAAAGAUCGAGUUUAUCAGAAUGCAGAUUCUGAAAGCCAGCCAGAUGACUGAGAUGAGCUUGGAAAACCAUGACGGCAUGGUCUCCAGCCCCAAGCCCCUCAUGAGCCCGCUGGACCUCCGUCUGGAAGAGCUCCGCCAUCAUCUGCGGGUAGAGAACGCUGUCCUUGAAGGUGCCAAAAAUGUCAUGAAAUUGCUGGGUUCUGGCAAACUGACAGAUAAGAAGGCCUACUCUGAGGCUCAAGCAAGAUUUGAGGAAUCCAGUCAGAAGUUGGACCUUUUGAAAUAUUCUCUGGAGCAGCGGCUAAAUGAGCUUCCCAAAAACCAUCCCAAAAGUUCUGUUAUCAUGGAGGAACUUUCUUUAGUGGCAUCAGCACACCUCAGUCCACGGCAAAGUAUCAUUUCCACACAGAAUCAGUAUAGCACAGUCACCAAACCAGCUGCACUGACAGGUACAUUAGAUGUGAGACUAAUGGGCUGUCAGGAUCUGCUGAAGACUGUACCGGGCCGGGUCAAAGCCAGCUCUGUCCCUCUGCCCAGCUGGAGUCCAAGUGAAACCAGGUCCUCCCUCAUGAGCAGGGCAAACAAAAACAAAGGGGGCAGCAGUCGCAGCCUCUCCAAAACCGAUGAUUUUUCCAAUGAGGUCAGUGCUGUGCUGAAGCUGGACAACACAGUAGUGGGACAGACAAGCUGGAAGCCAGUUAACAACCAGGCCUGGGAUCAGAAGUUUACACUGGAGCUGGACCGGUCACGUGAGCUGGAGAUUUCAGUCUACUGGAGAGACUGGCGCUCGCUAUGUGCAGUGAAGUUCCUCCGACUCGAGGACUUCCUGGACAACCAGCGUCAUGGAAUGUGCCUGUACCUUGAGCCGCACGGCACACUUUUUGCUGAGGUUACAUUUUUCAAUCCUGUUAUUGAGAGGAGGCCCAAACUGCAAAGGCAAAAGAAGAUUUUCUCAAAGCAGCAGGGAAAGACCUUCCUGCGUGCUCCUCAGAUGAACAUCAAUAUCGCUACAUGGGGCCGACUGGUGAGGAGAGCCAUCCCCUCUGUCAACAACUCCUAUAGCCCCCAGGCCCCUCAGCUGUCCUCAGAGUCCUUUUCCAACAUCCAGCCAAUCUCCUCCACCCCCUUCAGUGACUCUAUGGUGAACUUUGACAAAGAGACCACCCCUCCCUCAAAGCGUUACUCCAUUGCUGUGGAGCUCAAAGAGCCGUUGCCAGAGAGCAAGAUGCCAGGCAGACAGGAAUUGCAGGAUGCUUUGGCAACCUUUGAUUUCCUGAAUGAUAGGAACAAUUUGGUUGUCAGACCAGAGCCUGACAGUACUGUGGAAAUCCAGCCACCAGAUUUAGAGCUAAAAACUGCUCCACAGACUGCACAAACAAGGGAAGAACAGCAAUUCCAGUUUAGUCUUACAGACUUCAAAUGUGUUGCAGUUUUAGGCCGGGGGCAUUUUGGAAAGGUGUUGCUGUCAGAGUACAAAAGCACAGGUGAAAUGUUUGCCAUCAAAGCCUUAAAGAAAGGAGACAUUGUAGCUCGUGAUGAAGUGGACAGCCUAAUGUGUGAGAAGAGGAUCUUUGAGACGGUGAACAGUGUUAGGCACCCCUUCCUGGUCAACCUGUUCGCCUGUUUCCAGACCAAAGAUCAUGUGUGUUUUGUGAUGGAGUAUGCAGCAGGAGGAGAUCUGAUGAUGCACAUUCACGCUGAUGUCUUCUCAGAACCCCGAGCUGUUUUCUAUGCUGCUUGUGUGGUCCUUGGACUGCAGUUCUUACAUGACCAUAAGAUUGUUUACAGAGAUUUAAAGCUGGAUAACUUGCUGCUGGACUUGGAGGGUUAUGUGAAAAUAGCUGAUUUCGGUCUUUGCAAAGAAGGAAUGGGAUUCAGAGACCGCACCAGCACAUUCUGUGGCACACCUGAGUUCUUGGCCCCAGAGGUGUUGACAGAGAUGUCGUACACGCGAGCAGUGGACUGGUGGGGGCUGGGCGUGCUCAUCUUCGAGAUGCUGGUCGGGGAGUCCCCAUUCCCUGGUGAUGAUGAAGAGGAGGUGUUUGACAGUAUUGUCAACGAUGAAAUCCACUACCCCAGGUUUCUUUCCACAGAAGCUAUUUCCAUUAUGAGAAGGCUCUUGAGGAGAAAUCCAGAAGGGCGUCUCGGAGCAGGAGAGAGCGACGCAGAGGAAGUGAAGAAGCACCCUUUCUUCAGAAAUGUGGACUGGAGUGGUUUACUCGCCAAGAAGGUGGAGCCUCCUUUCAGGCCAACGAUCAAAGGGAGGGAGGACGUCAGCAACUUUGACAAUGAGUUUACCUCAGAGGCCCCUGUUCUGACCCCCACUCGUGAGCCCAGGGUGCUGACGGGGGAAGAGCAGGAGAUGUUCUCCGACUUCAGCUACAUCGCAGACUGGUGCUAGCUCCUUGUGCCCAACCUAACACUGUAAACUGACCACUGCCCGUAGAGGCUAACUAUCCUCUCCAGUCAUCCGCAGCUGUACUCUUCUAGUCUCCUGUUGCACUCAGUGCCAUUCAAAGGACCUGCAAAUACAUUACAUUACAUGCAUUUAGCAGACACUCCUAUCCAGAGUGACUUCCGUCACAGCAGA